GAUGUCAUUCGUUUGGAAACUCAAUAUUGGUCACUGGUGGAGAUACCAAAACAAGAGAAGGCAGAAACGGUUCCGGCAUUCGUUCUUCGCGCAUGUGCCAUAAUGGAGAAAACGCAGAAGUCCGGAGAAGGUGUCAAAACUUCUUCCAAACUGGCUGAGGAAGCUGCUGACCGGAAGGAGCGAAUAGAGCGCCUGAAUGAUAUGACAACGUCUCAAAUUGAAGCUGAGAAUACGCAGAUGACCAACGAUUUGUACCGUCUGCUGAAGAAAUAUACAGGAUUGAGGAAUCUAAUCAGGGAACUAAAGUCGGAGUACGUCAGCUCAAAGGUAUACCCGAUGUUCCCGAGAUAUACAAUGCUGAAGGACAUGAUCAAGGACAUUAUGCACGAUCCUGAUUAUAUGGAGGUCUGCCACGAGGUGGAUCCAUAG